AUGUUAAACAUUCCAUGUAUUCAAGUUGACGCUUUUUAUUCACAUAUCAUUUUUUCACUGGAUUUCAAACUGUAUAAGAGUAUAACAAAUACAUACUCUGAACUGCCAUAUCAAGAUAACUACACAUUUUUGACACAUCCAUUAGAUAUUGAACAUGAAAGCAUUCAGCAAAGUGAAACAGGUUUCACUUCUACAUCUACAUCCAAUCCAUCAAAUGUACACCAUAUGAAUGCCACAUCAAAUGAUAAUUGUUCCAUUGACUAA